UGUUGGCCGGGGGCUCUGCACAACAUCCGCCGUUGUACAAUAGCGUGGCAGUGAUGCGCGGAUUAUUGGAUGCGCCGGCGUUCCACAUUCGGUCACACGGGAGAUCGUAAACGCCGGUAGUUGCGCUGUGCUUACGUCGCUGUGGCUUAAAGACGACGGCGGCGGCUGUCCGGGGGUUCAGAGAAGAGCGGAUUUAGUUUGAUGCUGGCGGAAGUUGUAUUUUUCCUCCGCCGGAAACUAUGGAGUGCCUUCAGGUUAUCUUGCUGAUUGGUUUAGCGGCAUACGCGGCUGCGGCGGCUACCGACCUUAAUUUGUCGCUGAUCAGCCCCGAUCAGUCAGGAAAUGCCGUUCAAGAAACAGUUGAUCCAAUGGACACCAUUAUGUCACCGGAUGCCAACAACAGCAUCUGUGCGACAACGGCUUGCGCCAACACCGCUAAAGAGAUGCUGAGCUACAUGAAUCUAACUGUCGACCCGUGUCAGGAUUUCUACGAGUACGCUUGCGGACGGUACGGUGAACACCACGAAAUCAAACCCGACCAGUCAUCCGCCACGCAGUUCUAUUACCAAGAUGAGAAACUGCUCAAAGAAUUACGAUCGAUUCUGGAGAGUAACGAAACGGAAGCCAGCCACGCGCGUGAAGCAGCACGGCAGCUGUACAAGAUCUGCCUCGAUAAGGAUGCUUUACGUAAGAACGGCGUGCAGCCGGUUAUGGACAUCCUGCAGAAGACGAUUGGCGGUUGGCCUAUCCUGACACCCAACUGGGAUCCCGACGCGUUUGACCUGUGGAAAGCGCUUAUUUAUUUUGACGAAUACGGCUUUGAUCCAUUGUUGAGUGUGAGUAUCGUUGCUGAUCUGCACAAUGCCUCCUUUAACCGGCUGUCGAUCGGUAUUCCCGGUGGAUUUAAUAAGAAUCUGUGGAGCAGUACUGCCGGCAAGAAAUACAUUGCCACGUAUCCCAGUUUUAUGUUGAAUGUUACGCGGAUAUUUGCUAAUCUUUCAUCGGAGCAUGGGGAUUUUGAGUCGCGGUAUAACUGGACGGAUAUUGAGAUCCAGUUGAACAAAACCCAGGAUUUCUAUCUAUUCUUAACCAACCUCUCAUCUACAAGCUUGGAGCUAAAAGAAUUCGAAAAAUUCUACAAUCUCCAUACACUGGCCAAUGUGACUUCCAGUUUGUUCUUCCGGUCCAAUUUCUCCAAAGGAGUCUUUGGUUUUAUCCGUGAUUCCCUGACCUUUGGCAGCAUGGGCCAUCUGGCCAGCGAAGACAUGGUCGUUAACAUCCCAAAGCCGGCCGCCAUGGAGGCUUACGAUAAGAAGAUGGCGGAGAUUGAGAAACUGGGUGUGGAGGGCAAACGCUUCCUGGCUAACCACCUUGGAUGGAAGAUCGUCGCCGGCUACAGUGCGGAUCUUGCGCAGCCCUUAUUUGACACUUUCGAGCUGCAGGGUCGGAUAUUGUCCGGGAAGAAUAAGACGGAUCCCAUCUGGAAGCGCUGCGUGUGGACUGCCGAAGCCUAUCUGCCAUUGGCAGUGGCAUCACUCUAUGUGGAUAAAGUCCUCGAUAAGCAUGUCAAGCAAAAGGUCUCGGAUAUGGUUAUAAAUAUCCGCACUUCAUUCACGGAACGCCUAAAUAGCGCCGACUGGAUGGACGCCGAGACACGCGCACGCGCCCUGGAGAAGCUGCACGGCAUGCUAGAGUUUAACGUCUACCCGGCAUUUUACGCGCUCAACAUUUCCCUCAUUGAGGAGAUGUACGAGAACGUUACGGUCGGCGAGGGAAUGUUUAACACAUCUCUGGAGUUGAAUCGCGAGAGCAAUAUUCGGCGAACACAGCGUUUGGAUAAAGUCAAUACGCGGGAGUAUGUUCUGGAUCGCCUGUAUACCGUGACAACCAAUGCACAGUAUAUGCCGACAUACAACAUCAUAGCAAUUUUCGCGGGUGUCUCGCAGCCGCCGUUUUUCGACGUGGAUAUUCCGGAUUAUUUUAACUACGGCAGUUUGGGCCAUGUUAUUGGACAUGAGAUUACACACGGUUUCGAUGAUCAAGGUUCGAAAUUUGAUGAAACCGGAAAAAUGUUCAAUUGGUGGAGCAAUUCAUCGCGGAAAGCCUUUGACAGCAAAGCCUCUUUGAUUGUGGAGCAGUACAGCCAAUACAAAACACCUUUCGGCAAUAUCAACGGAAAUCUGACGUUGUCGGAGAAUAUCGCUGAUGCCGGUGGACUAAAGACCACAUUCAAUGCUUAUCAACUACACUUACAUCACAACGGCAGUGACCUUCAUUUGCCAGGACUGCAGAAUCAUACGAAUAACAUGAUGUUUUUCUUAUCAGCUGCUCAGGUAUGGUGUGGUUUACAACGGCCGGAAAGGGAACAACUGAACCUGGUCAGCGAUCCGCAUACACCGCGUCGCUGGAGAGUCAAUGGAGAGAUGGCCACGUUCAGGGAGUUCGCCAAGGCCUACAACUGUCCGGCGGACAGUGCCAUGAUUUACAAUCAAUCUAAUGGCCUUUGGCGAUAGCCGGUACCCGUGAUGAAUUACACUGACUGUUGUUCUCUUAUAAUUAUGCAAUCUGUUGAAGCUGCUAAAUGUUGAAUUAAUAAUUUAAUCGCCGUACCAGUUGAAAGCAUUUCUUUAGUCAAGUUAUUAAAAUGCAAAUACAUUUACUUUUUUUUGUCAAAAUAAACCAUUUUAGACAUCCUGGAGUGACAAUGUUUACCUGUGAUUACGUAGUACGUACCGUACAUUCUUGUACAUCAGUAGAACGCUAUACGCUGAACGCUAUACUCCUACUUUACGCAAUGCGAAUG